AUGAACCAUGAAUUGGGAAACGAUAUAGCAACAACUGUUGUCAAACAGUUCAAUAGGUUGCAAAUAAAGUCAGGAAAGCCAACAACACGUUCAAAUGGUGUCAAGGAGUGGACAGUACUAGCCAGUGUUGUUGCUGUAACCAACAAUGAAAUCAUACCCAUCACUUUGGCAACUGGAGUAAAGGUGUUACCAGAUAAGGUUCGAAGUUAUUCACAUGGAGGGAUGGUCCAUGACAUGCAUGCGGAAGUCUUGGCAUUGAGGCUUUUCAACUACUUCCUCUUGGAGGAAGCAUCAAAUGCCCAAUCAAAAUGGGUUAUGAGGCAUCGCAGUAAGUUCAAGUUUCAACAAAAUGUGAAAUUGGCGUUAUUUGUUAGUGAACCGCCAUGUGGUGAUCUUUCGAUGAACUACUUAUCGUCAUCAUUCGACUCUAGGGAGACUUGGUCCUCUACAGCAGCGGAUGGUUUUCAUAGAGGUCGCAACAACUUUGACCAAUUGGGUGUGGUGAGGACUAAACCGGGGAGGACAGAUAGUCUUAUCUCUUACUCAAAGUCGUGUUCGGAUAAGCUAUGUUUGAAACAACUUACUGGGGUAUGCAAUGCAACAACAUCGCAUAUUUUUGAACCCGUUUAUUUGAAUUACUUGGUGAUCAACAAAGUGGAUCCAGCCGACUUUAACCGAUGCUUUCGAGACCGCUUUCAAGUUGGCCAGGACGUGCAUUACAUAGAGCUUCUUACAUAUGAUAAUGAUGAUUACAAAUUUCACAAGUCAGAUGAUAAAGAGCCAUCUCCGCUCUCAUUGUUGUCCAUUAUGCCUCACAAUUUUCAUCAAGUGUUGAACAACGGAGUCAAAAAUGGGGCAUCUAUCAAAAACAAAGCUCCCAAGCCAGGAGGCCAGAGCAUCAUAAGCAACAAGAACUUCAUGCAGAAGUUAACCUAUCUUUGUCAAAUAAGCCAACCAAGCUACAACCUGUUCAAAAUGUCCAAUAUAAAGCGACAGACCCUCAAGUUCAAAGGUCAAGAAUUGCUACAAAAUUGGAAACAUACGUCCAUUGACGACUUUAGUUUAUAG